CAAAAUCUGAAACCGUUUAGGUAUAACUCUGUUGUACGAAAGUAGCUGUCCACUAUCCAUAUAUACGUAGUGAAAAGCCCAAUAAUGUGAUGGUAACGGAUUCUUACCAUAUUAGUUUGGAACUAAUUAUUAAAGCUGUAGAAAAUAAAGAAGAGGUGUUAUCAUAACAAAAAUGACAUAAGUGUCAGUAUUACAUGUCGGGAGUUGAGACCUAUCAAAAUAUCAUGGACCACACGACAUCGUUUCUCUUUCCCAAAAAAUUGAUUUUGUGUGUAAUUAGAGAUAACAUUAUGCUAUUUUUAUCAUGACCAAAACAUUAUUAUUGGAUAUAGAGUAUAGUAUAGUAGUUGAUCUUUCUAGUAUUUGACACAUGUACGUUAUGCACCUUAAUUAGCAUUAAUUACUAAAUAUAUAAACAUGUAUAUUUAUAUAUAUAGACACAAAAUAGUUGUGCUCCAAGAAAGGAGAAGCUCUAUACCUCUCCCAUUAACAAAGUCAUAGCAUAAUAUUGUCACCCUUUACCAACCCAUCUUAUAAAGUUGAAUUAGCUAGUUAAUGUGUAUGUUUUGUUCCAUGCCAAAAUCAUGGCGUCCAAACUCUUUCCUACUGCAACCAUAGGAGCCCUUCUUCUCUCAUCUGUCCUUGCAGCCAACCUCUUCCAGUUCUCAUACCCUUCUUCUUCUUCUUCUUCUUCUCGUGAUUUUGACGGUGCUGAUUUCGGACGUUUUGAGUUUAUCCCAAUCGAUGGGGCUAUUGGCCCUGAAAGCUAUGCCUUUGACAGCUUUGGUGAAGGCCCAUACACCGGCGUAUCCGACGGCCGAAUCAUCAAGUGGCAUGAAAAUCAACGGCGCUGGUUUGAUUUUGCAGUAACGUCUCCAAACAGAUCAAGAUGUGAAGGGCCACAUGAUCACCAUCAAACAGAGCACAGUUGUGGACGACCCUUAGGACUAAAAUUCAACAGAAUGAGCGGUGAUCUGUACAUUGCUGAUGCAUAUAUGGGAUUGCUCGUAGUUGGGCCUCAAGGUGGGCUGGCCACUCGUGUGGCCACUCAAGCACAAGGAAUUCCAUUUGCAUUUCUUAACGGCUUAGACAUCGAUGACCGCACUGGACUUGUCUAUUUUACUGAUAGCAGUUCUCACUACCAGAGGAGGAACUACCUUUCACUUAUAUUAAGUGGAGAGAAAACAGGGAGACUAAUGAAAUAUGACCCUCAAAUAAAAGAAGUAAAUGUUCUAGCUGAAAAUCUCUCAUUUCCAAACGGGGUGGUAGUAAGCGAAAAUGGCGAUUUUCUCUUGAUUGCAGAGACCACAACUUGCAGGAUCAUAAGGUAUUGGCUUCAAACAUCUAAGGCUGGAACUUAUGAAGUAUUUGCUGAGUUACCUGGAUUUCCAGACAACAUUAAAAAAAGUCCUAGGGGAGGAUUUUGGGUAGGAAUCCAUGCAAAGCGAAAAUGGAUAUUCAAAUGGAUUCUUUCACAUCCUUUAGUUGCAAAAUUUUUUCUUGAACUUCCUUUUGAUAUAACGGAGGCUUAUACACGUGUAUCUAACUGGAGAGGAAGAGGAUUAAUAAUGAGGUUGAGUGAGGAAGGUGUUGUAUUGGAUAUGGUUGAAGAUGAAAGUGGUGUGAAUUGGAAGGCUGUUUCUGAGGUUGAGGAGAAAGAUGGGAAUCUUUGGAUUGGGUCCAUACAUAAAGCUUAUGCUGGGAAGUUCAAAUUAAAUGACACAAAUUAUGUGACCUUGUAAUAUAUACAUUUACCAUAAUUUAUAAUAAUAGUUAGGCUUGGGUGCCAACACAACAAAA